AUGGAUCAUAAAGAGAGCAGACGCCUGCUGAUCGACGAAAUUCCCCAUGACCCGGCCGAUGACGACGCCAGCGGUGCAGAGGCGGAGCACCGACCGCUCCUUUCGAACCGCCCCCCGCCCAGCGAGAACCCCGGGGCCGCGCCCCCGCCCGCCGCGGCGCCCGCGCCGACGCCGUGGCACGCAGCCGGCGCCCCACAUUCAUAUGCAGGCGCCCCUGGCACUGCCGAGGCCGGCCCCGGGCCCUAUGACGACGCGGCCGCAGCGGCGGCGUGGUCACAGCCGCUUGGCGGCAGCUGCGGGCGAGGGGAAUCGAUCGUGGUGUCGCUACCCCAGGAGCAGCACACGUGCCGCAUAUGCUUCGGUGAGCGCGACAGCCCUCGUGCGGCGGGCGCGCCCAACAGCUAG